UUUUUGUUUUUUAUACAUCAGUAAAAUUUUUUAUCUUUCUACUCCUCUUCUUCUUUUUUCUUCUUCUUGCCUUAUUUUCGGCCAACCAUGGAUACUCAACAAGUAGCGACUCCCUUGCUAAAGACGGAAAAUGCAUUUGUACAGCAAAAAACCGAAAAAUCUGCACUUCGUCAACAACUGGAUGAUCUUUUGUUUGGCUCGGUUGCUGGAAUGAUUGGCAAAUUUGUCGAAUAUCCUUUUGAUACCAUUAAGGUUCGACUUCAAACACAACCAUUGAGUCAUCCUUACUUUUCAGGUCCUUGGGAUUGUUUUAAAACUACAAUUAAACAAGAAGGACUCAAGGGUUUAUUUACAGGCAUGUCUUCUCCUCUAGUAGGGUCCAUGGUUGAAAAUGCUGCUUUAUUCGUUGGCUAUAAACAAGUACAGAGAAUCAUUCGAGACUAUUCAUCAACACCCGAAGAAAAAGAAAAAUAUCGAACAAUGGCUGAAGAUGAUUUACCAUCCUUAUCGAUCAAUCAAUUGGUUUUAGCGGGUGGUGCUUCAGGUGCCAUUGCUUCAUUUGUAUUGACACCUGUGGAAUUAAUCAAAUGCAAAUUACAGGUCCAGAUUGGCAGCCAAGCUAUUCAAGGAGUACAGUUUUCUGGACCAUUCCAUGUCAUUCGCCAUGUAUUACAAUCUCAUGGUGUUUCGGGCUUUUAUAGAGGAUUUUUAGCCACUCUUUUAAGAGAAACAGGUGGUGGUAUGUUCUGGUUUGGUACAUAUGAAUACACCUGUGCUCAAUUCAUAAAAUAUCGUGAAUCAAAGACAAACGAAAAAGUAUCCAAGAAAGACCUGUCACCUUCAGAACUCAUGUUAGGUGGUGCGCUUGGUGGUAUGGCUUACAACUUUUCUCUCUUCCCAGUGGAUGUGAUAAAAUCUCAAAUGCAAACAGAUGAGCAACUCGUUACGAGCAAACAACGAUCAUUUAUUCAAACGGCUAAAGAAUUGUAUACUGCUGGUGGAUACAAGGCUUUCUAUAGAGGGUGCGGCAUCACAGUAGCCCGUAGUGCGCCUACAUCUGCUAUCAUUUUCCUUACUUAUGAAACACUUUCUCGUCAUUUUGGAUAGAUAAUAAUACCCCCACUUCAUCAGCCUUACAUUGCUAUUAUUGAUGCAUUACAUAUUCUUAGAGAAAACUCAAAAAAUAAAACUAUUGUAUAAAGAAUUAAUCCGUGUUUGAAUAAAUGUAUAUCGAUAAGCGUCAUACUCUA